AUGGUCCAUCUUUCGGCCUCAUUCCUCCUUGGAGGAUACUUCUCCCUCGCUGCAAACGGUCUGGCUCUUCCGGAGAUAGAGCCCCGCGGUGAUGAGCUUCACGCUCGCUCCUCUUGGAAUUUUAUGACUUGGACCGGCCCAACCGGCCAGACUGCCAAGCUGACCCCGGGCGCGGAUCUCCACGUUCUUCAUUACCUUCCAACAAACUGGGAGCUGUUCUUCUCGGCGAAUCAGCAGCCA